CCAUUGAGCCUUUGACCUCGCUUCGGCGGCUGCCUCCUGCCUAUCCCUUAUUCCCAGCCCAUGCCCGUCGCAUCCAUGUCUGCUUGCGAUCGCUUCCCGCCAUGCAGCCUUCCGCCUUCACCGCCCUCUCUUGCAGGGAGGUUGGCCGCCCGCCUCUCUCCCGUCAGCGCCUGCGCGACUUCUUCCCCGUCGGCGCGCUUGACCGCUCCCCGGUGCCCCCAAGCGCCUCCGCUUCCGCCACGCCCCGCGCGGCUUACUGCCCCCGCGCGCUUCCCGGGUAUCUGAACGUGCGCGCAUGGUCGUCGCUGCAGGCGGCCGCGCACGACUGCUACGACUACCCGCUCCCUUCUUCCGCUUCCGCCAUGCAGAUGGACGCCUCGGACCAGCGCUAUCUGCUGGUGGGGUCGGCGUCGGGCGCCAUCACGGCCUUCGACACCGCCGUGCCCACCGCCCUCGACCCCCUUGGCCACCCCUGCCACCCGCCGCUCUUCGCGCUCCCCCGUGCGCCCUCCACCGCGCACGCCGCGCGUGCUCCGCCUCCGACUGCUGACGGCGCGUCUGCUACCCCCCCGGGCGCAGCGGUGGCGCACUCGCUGGCGGUGGCAGGCGUGGCGUGGUAUCCGGUGGACACGGGGCUGUUCCUCUCGGGGUCCCUGGACGGCCUCGUGAAGCUCUGGGACACGCACUCCCUCCAGUCUCUGCUGUCCUUCCGCAUGCCUGGGAGGGUAGCAGACGUGGCCAUGUCGCACGUGCAGGGGGCGCCGGCGCUGGCAGCAGCGGCAUGUGCGGACGGCAACGUGCGGCUGUGUGACGUCGCCUCGGGUGCUGCCACGCACAUGCUGCAUGGUGACUCAGGCGCCAUCACGUGUGUGAGCUGGUCGCCCUCGUCGCCCUUCCACCUGGCCUCGGGGUCAUCGGCCGGCGCCAUCCGCAUCUGGGACAUCCGCCGCCCGGGCGCGCUGCACUCGCUGCACCACCGCCACUCGCAAUCCGCGCUUCGCCCGCCCCUACUGCCCCGCAGACUGCCAGCAGCACAGGCUGGGAAUUCUCACAGGGGCACUGUGGGGUUGAAAGCGCAGGGAGGGCAGAGGGCGUCUGCACAAGGAGGGGUUGGGGCUGUGGGUAAGGGCGGAAAGGGGGUGGGGGAUGGGUUUGGCUUGGGGCGCAAGCGAGGGAGGGAGGAGAGUGGUGGUGCUGGGAGGGGGAGAGAGUGCGAGGGGGAAAGGGCAGUGGUCGGAAAUGCAGGGGUCAAGCAGGCUAAGGCAGCACGGAGUGAAGGGGGAAACUUGCACGGCGCUGAAGUGGGCUUCGUUGGGUGGUGGGGGGGAGGAGGAGGCAUACGUGUGAGAAUAGGGUGGGCAGCCAGAGUGCAAGGUGGUGGGGUUGGUGCAGGGCUGGUGCAGCAGCGGCAGCGGCAGCGGCAGCGGCAGUGGCAGUGGCAGGGGGGCGAGGAGACAGGGCAGGUGGCGCAUGAAGGGGCGGUGCUCUCCAUGGCCCCUACGCCCAAUGGGCUCUUCCUCCUCUCCUAUGGCUCGGACCAACGGCUGCGGCUGUGGGAUGUGGAGGAGGGCGCCAACACGCUCAUUCACUACGCUAAUCAGAGGGCGCCACGUGGUGCGCUGGCGUCGGGCACGGUUCGGUUCUGCGUGUCCCACGACGGGUCGCUGGUGUUCCUGCCCCAGGGGCCCUGCAUCCAGGUGUUCCACACAUGGACAGGGGAGUCGCUCGCCUCGCUGCAUGCGCACUUCGACAACGUUCUGCUCUGCUGCUCCCAUCCCGCCUUGCCCCAGCUCUUCUCAUCCGGUGCUGACCGCCAGCUGCUCUCCUGGACAUCUGCUCUACUAGACCACCUGCACUCCCCUCAUGCGCAUUUACCCACUUCUAGGUCAAGGGGCCAUUUGCAACGGAGAAAACAAGGGCCUCUGCCUGACGAGGACGCGUGGAGUGACUAAAAUUCAACCAACCUCCCCAGGCUGUGCUCAUAACGAGCGUUUCUUCACUCGCCAUGUAUCCUCCUCUCCACAGGAGAUUUGGCUGGAGUGCAUGGUAACAUUUGAAGAUGUUAGUGAUGCUUGAAGUAUGUCAUUUUUGUAAU